AUGCAUGCUGAAACAGCAGCAGAACCUGGCGAUUGCCCACCACCGCUGCUCCUGCUGGGCUGGGACGACAGUGCUUGGGAGACCUCGCCUGAAGAGGUUGCAUUGCCUGUUACUUCGCGAAGCCUCAGACAGAAAAGGAGUGACGUCUCUGGAUGGUUCAGCAUCAAUGUGGCGAGCCUCGCAGUGAUUGCUGUUGUUGCAGCAGCGUACUUUGUGCUCCGCUGCGCUGUUUAUUUGGUGAACUCCAGCAAAAGCAGAGCGGCACUGAGAUUUCUUGCAGGAGCAGAAGGCACGUCGAAUGCAGACCCGGGAGGGCCUUGUAGCGAUUCGGAGGAGGGACCCCACCCUGCGGCUGCAGCUGCUGCUGCUGCUGCUGAUCAGGAACAGCAGGGGGAGCCACAGGCAGCAGCUAGUAUUGAUCAGAAAUUGUCGGAUCGGCUUGUCGAAAAUCUCGAGGGACUUACGUCUCUUUUUACGUCCAACACAUCGCUGAUGAAGAAGGUGGAAAAUAGUGCGAGAGCUAGGUUACUUAUCAAUUUGUUACGUUUGCUCUUGGCGGAGUUUUCCGCUUUGUUAUCCCUGUUGCAGGGGGAAGAGAGGGGCGCCGUAGAAGAACACCUUGUUGUGAUAUUUGGCAGAAUUGGACCACUCCGCGCCAGCUUGAAUAACGAUGAGCUUCCCCGCCAAUCUCGGAGGCGUAUAUCCUGUCUCCACACCGCUGUUGAUACACUAACUGCAGUACAACCCAGUCCAGAGGUCCUCGAGGACAUGGAUCGGCCCUUGAAGGUCAUGUCUCUGUUGGAGUUGCAGGAGGAGCUCUGUCGACAACUCGCUUUAGGGUUCGGGUGGCUGAAGGAGAGUAUGCAAUUACACAAAGAUGCUGUUGCCGCAGCUGCUGAAGCCGCUAGAGCUGCUGAAGCCGCUGCAGCUGCUGAAGCCACUGCAGCUGCUGAAGCCGCUGAAGCCGCUGCAGCUGCUGAAGCUGCCGCAGCUGCUGAAGCCGUUGCAGCUGCUGAAGCCGCUGCAGCUGUUGAAGCCGCUGCAGCUGCUGAAGCCGCUGAAGCUGCUGCAGCUGCUGAAGCCGCUGCAGCUGCUGAAACCGCUGCAGCUGCUGAGGCCGCUGCAGCAGCUGAAGCCGCUGCAGCUGCUGCAGCAGCUGAAGCCACUGCAGCUGCUGAGGCUGCCGCAGCUGCUGAGGCCGCUGAGGCCGCUGCAGCUGCUGAGGCCGCUGCAGCCGCUAGCGUUUCUGAGGCACUUAGAGCUAUCGAAAAAACCGCGAACAAACGCAGGGAACAGAUUUUUACGGAUAUGUGCAUCAGUGGCUGGCUAAGGAAUAUGAUUAAGAGCGACCGCCAGGGGGCCUUUGACGCUCCAUUUUAUAGUAGGCUGUCCCGAUGUCGCCUCAAGAGCCACAGCGAAUUAUUAGCAGCCCUGCGGGGCACUCCUCUGGGGUUGAGAGCGAGUGCCGCAGAGAGUACAGAGGCUACUCCCCCAGACGAUGUCCAGGUACAGCAGCCAACCGUCUCCUCCUCUGUCGGGAAUUCCGACGAAGACAAGGUGUCUCCUUCGGAGGACCCAAGCCAUGCUCCGCUCCCUCCAGGGGUGCUAAGGGUUCCUUGCCAAGACUCAAGAGCGAGUGACAGCGCUACGGGAUCCGUACCCGUCUCCGCGUCCAACAGCGAGACUAUUGAUACUGCUUGUGCUACGGCUCCUAAGAGGAAGCAAGGGCCUUUGCAGCCCCCGUCUGGCCCCAGCUCAGUGUCUCCCACUGCUGCUUCAACUGCACCUCCACAGCGCUUGCCGACCGCUGCGGCAGGAAGUACACGCUCCUCUUCAGUGUCCGAUGACACUGGAGCAGAAGCUGCACCGCAACCCAGGUGGAUGCUCAAGGCCAGCGGUACCACGUCUGGUGGGAGAUCAUCCAGCCCUUUACCGUCUACUGACACCUUACCAAGACCUCCGCCUAGUUCCGUCGAAGAGGGUGCUUCUGCCGCUACUGCUGUUGCGCCUCAUGCCUCGGCGCCAGUUCCUCCUGUUCAAGAGCCUUCCACCGCUUCUGCUGCUCUGCCGUCUUCAACGAGACCGCCUAAAGCCUCCCCCCCCUCUGCAGUCUCAUAUGCCUCGCCUGCAGCAUUCGCCUUGCCACCCAAUGUCGCUGAGAGCUCUUCUGGCUCAUCAUGGCUUCGGGAUCCUUCUCCCUCAUCCGACCAGGGGCAUACAGAUUUAUACUCUUUCCCCUCCCCUUUCGGGGCCGCGGGAGCCUGGCCGUUGCAGACCAAAUGGGCAGAUGAAGGCUUUCCUCCAUCUGCAGGCAAGGAAGGACGUGUAGGGGAGGCCAUUUUGCAAUGGUUGUCGCUUCUUCUGGGAGGGGCACCGGGCUCGCGGCCUUCGCCCCCUUCUUCCCUUCAACCGGAGGAAUUUCUUUCGCCUUCAGCAACAGCAUACCCGGCGGUUCUUCUAGGCAGCUACGGAGAAGCGCUCGACCUCAGCGCAUGGGGACAAAGCGAAACACAAAUAGGCCACGAGACACCCGACGCAAGCCCCUCGCCAAGUGAAGAAGGCGACCAGCCAAAUCAGGAAACAAUAGAUGACGCAUUCGCGCAACUUGAAAAACUCUUUGGGGGAGCAGAGGGCGGGGUGGCGGCGCCUUUGACGGCGCCGUUGCAGACAUUCGCCUCGCAGCGUGGGAGCGCCUCGCACUGGGGUCCGGAGGGAUAUCCUUCGCUUUCAGAAACAGCAUACCCGGCGGGUCCUCUAGGCAGCUACGGAGAAGCGCUCGACCUCAGCGCAUGGGGACAAAGCGAAACACAAAUAGGCCACGAGUCGUUUGAGGAUUUUAUGCCCAACAACGGUCCUGGUCAGCCAAGUCAGGAAGCAAUAGAUGCAGGAUUUGAAGAACUUGCAGCACGCUUUGGUGGGGCGCCGGAUCAACAGCGGAACCGAGCACAUUUACCCUAG